CCGUCUCAUUGUACGUAAACUUAUUUACACGAUAAAUUGCACACCGUGUAAUGUUUAAAUCGAUCACAUUAUUGUCUAAAGUUGUUUCGUAUUGUGCGCAUAGUGUUGCAAAUCGAUCGGUUGUUAAUAGUAAACGGUUCGUCAGUGCUAGAGCUACGAUGGCAGGAUUUUUUAACUUGGAUGGAGACGUUAAAAUACCCGCAAUAGGUUAUGGAACCUGGCAGGCUAACGACGAUGAGCUAGAAAAGGCGGUGGAAUUAGCUCUGGAGGCUGGAUACAGACACAUAGACACAGCGGCAGCUUACGAAAACGAAAAGGUUAUCGGAAGAGUGUUAAACCGGUGGAUCAGCUCCGGCAAAGUUAACAGAAGCGACUUAUUUAUCGUGACUAAGCUUCCGCCCCCGGGGAUGCGUCCGGAACACGUUGAGCUCUUCUUAAACAAAUCCCUGUCGGAUCUUCAGCUCGAUUACGUCGACCUGUACUUGGUGCACACACCGUUCGCCUUUAAAUAUGUGGAAGGCAAUUUGCAUCCUCAUACAGCUGACGGUUCUAUAGAUCUGGACCUGAACACCGAUCAUGUGGCCAUAUGGAAGAAAAUGGAAGAGCAACAGGACAAAGGUCGUACCAGAUCAAUUGGCAUCUCCAAUUUCAACAAAACCCAGAUUCAAAGAAUCCUGAACAAUUCGAGGAUUAAACCCAGUAAUUUGCAAAUCGAGUGUCACGCCUACAACCAGCAAAACGAACUGGUUGAUUUUUGCAAGAAGAACAAUAUCGUUGUCACCGCUUACUCGCCGUUGGGAUCGCCUGGUUUGGGCAAGUUCCUGUCACAAUUCGGACAUGAAGCAAAUGUACCCGACGUCUUAGGCAAUCCGGUUGUUAGCAAGAUCGCCAAAAAGCACAACAGGUCCGAAGCUCAGGUUCUGCUGAGACAUUUGCACCAGAGAGGAAUUGUAGCUAUUCCAAAGAGCACAAAUCCUAAAAGAUUGAAACAGAAUAUCGACAUAUUUGAUUUCACUUUGGAUGACCAAGACAUGUCCGAACUGAAUGCUUUGGACAAGAAGGCCAGAAUUUUAGAUUUCACAGCUUUCAAAGGAAUUAAGAACCAUCCGGAGUACCCUUUCGCCGGUGAAAAAUGAAAAUGUUAACGUGUGAAUUACGAAUAAAUAUAUUUCUUUUA